CAACUCUUACAAAGAAGGCUUGACUAUACUAUUUUUAUUGCUUGAUUUAGUAAGAAUGCAUUUUAGACCUUAUUACAGUUUUUAAACUCAAAAAGUAGCUCUCUUUUUUAAUUUCUAUGGAAUAACUUUUAGCUUUUUGAUAUUAAUUGCGCGGUUAACGCCAUAACCAAUUAAUUUGAUUACUUUUUUCUCUCCAGUGUUAAUUCCCAUAACAUAUGUAAUGGCAAGCAAGACAAUAAUUUAUAUAGAAAAUAAUACUUUUGAGGAUCUAUAAAAUAGCUUAAACAAUUAAUAAAUUAAUUUAACUAAACUAGAUAGAAUAAUUAGACUUACUGUACUUAAAUAAACUAAAGAUUAAAAUCUAACAUUUUCACAAGUUGAUAACAUUUUAAUGAAAUAAAUGAAUAUAAUUACCUAAAAAUAUCAAAGAUAAAGCUCCAAAAAUUAAGAAAAUCAUUUAGAUAAAUAAUAGGAAAUAAGUUAACGUGUGUAAGAUCUUGAAUAAAUUUAAAUUAAUUUUGAUGACGCACAUUCCCAUAAAAAUACAAAAAAAAUUAGAAAACAACUAAAGGAAAUUUUGAAAGAAAUAUUUUAGAAUACUUUAAAAAGCAAAAGUGGAAUUUCUAAUGCAAGAGAUCACGCAGUAUAUUUCGUUUUUUUAAUUGAAAUCAUGGGAUCUCUUAGACAAUAUUGGAUUCUAUACAAAAAUAUUUUAUAAAAAGAGAACUAAUUUUCGAAAUAAGCCCAAAUAUUUAAUUCUAUCCACAAUAUCAUUUAUCAAAAUAAAGCUGAUGUUCUAAAAAAAGAUCAAGUUAGUGAUCCUUUUGGACUUAAUUAUUUAAGUGUGAUGUAGUAUGAAAAAUAGCUUGAAGAAACUGUCAAGCUAUUUGAUGUGGUGAUCAGAAAUAAAAUUGAAGUUUUGGUUAAAAUGAAGCAGAAAUUAAUUAACUUGGAAGAGUUAAUCAAAGAAAUUGAGUUAUUCUUUUAAAAUAAUAAAAAGUUAAAAAGUUAUUUAAAUUAAUUGACUAAAAUUAACUCAUCUAAUAACACUUUAUAUGAGCUUUUGCAUCUAUAUUUAGAUACUUUAGCUUUUGCUGAUAAAGACAUUUAAAUUCCUAGAUAUACUGCAGAUAUAAAUAGAAAAAAAAUAGACCAAUAGAGUUAUAUAAAAAGAAAUUGGUAAUAAGAUUUAUACAGUAAGUACACUUGCGUGCUUGCGUCAACUUAUGAAGAGUCAGGUGCCUUAACUGUGAGAAAUGUAACUCAGAAUUUCUAUAAAAUUUUCAAUUUAAAAAAUAAAGAAGAAAUAAUAAAUAAAAGAGUUGAUAUUAUAAUCCCUUCUUAUUUGUAAAGCACACAUUAAAAAUAUGUUAACCAUUUCCUAGAAAAAAAAUGUAAUCUAAAAAAUGCUUUGUAUAAUAAAUAAGUGGUUUUUGGUGCUCUUUCUAAUUGCCAUAUUUUACCUUUACAAAUUGAUAUCAAGGUGAACCAUUUAUUAGAUUAAUCUUAGUUUGGCUUAACCGCAAAAAUCACUGCAAUUGAUUAGAAAAAGCAAUUUAUUCUUUACUGCCCAAAGACUUAUUAAAUAUUAGGAAUGACUCAAAAAGUGUCCAAUAUACUAGGGUUAAGCAGUGAAAGAAUAAUAAAAUUUAAAAUUAAUUAACUCUUUCCUUUAGUAUAAGAAUCUGGUUUUGUUCGUAUUAGAUAGUAAAUUAAUCAGAAUUCAUAAAUCUUUGAUCAGGAAGACCAAGAUCAUGAAUAUCAAAAUCAUUAACAUAAUUUAGUAAAAUCAGAGCUGAAAAUAGACAAUAAGAAACGAAAAACAAACAAAUAGCCAGUGAAUUAAUAAGAAAUAUCAUUUUAAGAAGAUUUCUUGUAUAUAUCAAAGAAUAUUACAGAACAAAUUUUAAGUGCUAAAAAAAUUUCAAAAAGCACUACUAGCAAGGUGAAAUAAACUGCCAAAUUAGAAAACGAGGAUUUAAUUAGCAAUUUUUAAUUUUUAAUGAUGAAUUUAUCAGUGAAAAAAGUCGAUUAUUAAUUGAAUUAAACAUUUUGUUAACUAGAAAUAGUUAAUGCAAAAUAGUAUUUAAUAGAAUAGAACCUACAGGCAAUAUUUUAUUAAGUAAAAAGUUAAAUAGGAUUAUAUUAGAAUUAAUUAAAUAAUUCUCAUUUAAAUCCUCUAAUAUCUCUUGAAACACUUUAAACUUUACUAACAGAGCUUUCUAAAUGUUUUGAGAAUUCAUAAACCAAAAUUUAGAGUUUUUCUUCAAAUGUAUCUCUGGGCCAUCAAAAUAAUAUUUCAGAUAUUGCAAAUAACUCAUUUUAAGCACAAAAUAAUAUUGCACAAGCACCCUAAAAAGAUACAGCCAAUUUUAUAUCAGAUAUAUUUCACAGUUAGCUUUUUCCUCAGCAAGUACAGCAAGAAACAAAUUCUAAAAGAUAAAUUUUAAAUCCUUUAAGUAUUGAAGAUGUAAAGUGUAAUUCAGGAGACUUUCCAUCAAUUAUUUCAUAAUAAAAUGAAAAUAAUAUUGAUAACAUAAGUAAAAUUUCUGAGUGUUAAUUAAAGCAAUACCCACCUACCACGAGAAGAAGUUUAUUGGAUAAGCAAGAUGAUAGUAUUCUCUAAUUAACUGCUGAUCAAGGAAUAGAAUAAGAUAUCUCUAACUUAAACACCUACACUCCUAGAGAGAAAAUCUUAUCAUUAGGCGAGAAGACUUCAACUGAAACUUAGAGAAAUUAAAUGAAUUAAAUUCAUUCAAGCAACAAAUCGUUGUUAAAAAAUAACGAUUUAAACUAUUUAUAAAUGAAUGAUACUUAGAACUAAUAAACAUCUCAUAAUUUACAACAUGCUAGUAAAUUUUAACCAAAAAGUGCAAAGAAACUCACCAGCAAAAAUAAUAAACAAAGGAACUCUUAAUAAGCAAAAUUUAACAACUUUUAAUAGACUUUUUAUUAAGAAUAAAUGAACUUUUCAGAUAAGCAUAACAUAGAAUCUCUAUUGGAUAAAAGUAAAAUUAAAGAUAAAAAGCAACUAAGUAUUUGCAGGCAGCAAACAACUUUGAACAGGUCUAAAAGAAACUAAGAAAACUCUACGAAAAGAGAAAAAGAGGUUCUAAAAUAAAUUUUAGAUAAAUAAGCAGAUAUCUAAUCGACUAGCUCUAAGAAAUCUUCUUAUGCAUCUGCAUCUAGGCAACUUAACUAAAUACUUUCUUAUUAGCAUGUGCCUUUAGCAAUAAAAAUUUCAACAUCUAUUGGAAUAAUUAGUUAUUUUGUUAUAAAUAUCUUAAUAAUAACGUAGUAUUUGACUCUGAGUAGCUAAAUAACAUAAAGCAAGCAAGAUAAAUUUUAUUCAACCUGGCCAAUAGACUUCUAAGCUGCUGUAUGGAAUUUAGUUAGAGACAACAACAUUAUAUAUGCUGUUAAGGGUUUGAAUGAUUACAAAUUUCCCUCAUCAAAUGUUAAAAAUUUAUUCUUAAAUAACACUUUUUAUAAUAUUCUAGAAACUAAAAAUAUUGUUAGUGAGCUUAUAGCCUAAACUUCAGGAUAGAAUGCAAAUGCUCUUCCAUUUUAGCUUCUGAAAUAAUUACCAAACACCUUCUAAAUAGGAAAAUAUUAUAACUAAGAUAACAUUACGAAGGUAUCAUCAAUUGUUUAAAAGUAUGUUUUCUAUUAUGUGAAUUACACAACAACUAUCCACUUCUCUAUAAUUUUAUCUUAUCAGCACACUUUUAGGUACGCAGUUGGAUUGGGUACAGGAAGACCGGAGUACUAUAUGAUUUUAAAUAACAUAAAUUUUUACUAAUCUUUAGGGAGUGUUUAAUAGCAAUUAUUAAAUAUUUAACAAUAAAGAGAUAGUGACCUAUAAGACUAGUUAGUUUAAACUAUGAUUUUAAUUAUAGUCAUAUCUGGUGUUUGUAUUGGUAUUAUUAUACCUCUUUAUUCGUACAUCCAAUAGCAAAGAGAAGAUAUAGUAACUCUUUUUUCCACUUUCAGCUCAAUAAAGUUAGAUGAUAUGCUUGAAAAAAUACAAAAUAGUUACGAAUAUCAUAGAAAAUAACACAACUUAGCCGCUCUUAAAAUAAGCAACUUCAAGUCAGAAGGAAAUAAGAAAAUAGCGAAAAAUAUUAGUGCUACAACAAAAUUACAAAGGAUUAGCAUUCCUUUAUUGUUUAAACUACUUAUAUUAUUUGGUUUAAUAAUCAUAUAUCCUAUUGUAAAUAAAAUAGUAACAUCAAACUACAUAACGUAAUAGACAAUAGCUCUGAAUACAGUUGUUAAUAUGUAUAAAUUAAAGGGCUAUAUAUCUCAUAUUAUAGCUUAAAAUUAUAAUGUCGUUUAUAUGUAAAUGUAUCCAAAUGCUAAGCCUAUUAUGGUAGGUAACUUUUUAAAUGAUAUCAAAGACCUAGUUAGUUACAUUGACUAAUAUUAGCAAGAUCUUUAGGAUAUUAUUGAUUUAUAACCAACAAUAAAUAGAUAUCAGUAAAAUGACUAUGAUAAUUUCUUCUUCUAAAUAUUUAAAUCUAAUAUGUGCUAAGUAUUCUAAAAUUAUCCUUAGUAUAACUCCAAUACUACACUGAUUAAUAAUAAUGAUUGUACUACAGUGCACAAUGGGAUACUAUAAAAAGGAUUGUAAAUUAGUAUUAAGGAAUUUCUAACAAUAUAUCCAACUUUGUAUUCAAUUUACCAAAUUUAAGAUCCAAAAAAAUACACUCCUCUUCUCUAAAAAUUUACAGCCAGCUUUAAUAUUCAGGAUUUCACAAAGUUUGAAAUGAUCUUAGAAGAGGUACUUGUAUCUCUAAAAAACUUCAUUUUUUCUGUAAGUCAAGAUUACUAUGAUUAUAUUUCUUUAAUUUAGAUUUGGCUUUUACUCUACUAAAUAUGUUUAAUGACUGUAAUCUUUAUUUUUGGGUGGCUUCAGUUCUCCUUCUAAUUACAUUAUAAAUUGCUUAAAACAAAAUAGUAUUUGCAGGUUAUGGACAUUGCAUCUUUACUUGAAAACAGCUAUAUUCUUAUUUUUAUUAAAAAAAAUACAUCUAUUUGAUUCAAUGUAUAAU